AAAUAAAGUCUAAGUGAUAAUUUGAUGUUGACCAUUCAUAUAAAAUUGAAUAAUGAUUUUUAUUAAUUAUUAUCAUUUUGUUAUCAUUGAAUCCAAAAUAUUCUAUGUAUGACCACAAUGAUCAAAAAAAACAUCUUUUAUAUUGAUAAAUGAUUAACUACAUUUUAUGGUAUCCUACCUCAAGCAGGUGAAAUACUCCAUAUCCCAUUUAAAUCAAUGCGUAUACAAUAAUAUUUAUAUGACUAAAUGCAAAUAUCGAAAUUAAUUGAGAAAUAUUCAAAAUGCAAUAUCAUCAUCAUACAUUGAGUACGAAAAUAAUUAUGCCAACUAAAUACACCUUAUAUAGUGUGAACUUAAUGAAAUUCGUGGCUCAGUCUUCACCCCUAUCCCUCACUUAUUUAAUCAAAUAACUUUAAGUCAUCAACACGAUUUCACCAUGUACCAAAUAAAAUUAUCCCAAGCAUCAACAACAAAUGCAUAUUAUAAUAUAAAUAUCGAAAAUGAUUUAAGACGAUGUGAUAAAAGAAUAUUAAAACAUGACUUAUAUUCCCAAAAUAAUAUUCUUGAAGACUUCAUAUGGAUUUCUGAGUUAUAUGACCUCAUUUUGAAAUGUUUCUUAGUAUUCAUUCGUAUGAAAGUCCCUUAUUCCCUGGUAUUAUUUUGUAUGCUUAGUUUAGCCAGUUUCAAAAAAUUUCUGGGACUAUGGUUAUACAUACUUCACAUUAAGUCGCAGAUAUCAAGUCUUAUAUUUACAAUAUUAUUUGCCUUUAUAAUAGACCCUAAUUCAUUAUUAUCCAAAUAUUUCAAUGCAAAAAUUAUUACCUAUAUAAAAUUUACGUUUGUUUUUAAAAUAAUCAUAAUAAGCAAUAUGAUUUUAAUUUAUUUUAGCUUAAUACAAAACAUAAGUUAUUGCGCUAUAAUUUUUCGGAAAUCUUAUUAUGAGGUUUCUUUAUCUAUAUACCAUCGAUAUCGUAAAUAUAUUAAAGGCAAAUUAAAGAAUUAUUUUUAUUACACGUAUGUCGCACACCAAAUCUAUUCGGAUUUUAUUCUAACAUACCAAAGACGUAAACUAUUUAGCAAAUUAGGCUCAAACUCAUUAAUUUCCGGUGAUAAUUGUAUUCCGUUCUACCAAUUCCCGAUUAAUUAUUUUCCUUUAUUUACACGAUUAAAAUUAAUGAAUCGUCUGAAAACUUUGCUGAUUUUGUAUUUAACGAUUAUAACAACUUCACACGUGACUUGCCAGGUCGAUAGAAUUAAUAGUGAGAGCUACGACCAAAAACACACCCAUUACACCGAUACAUUUGUAGUAGAAUUGCGCGAUUUAUCAGCAAAUCAACAUCAUAUAGCUAAAAGAUAUGCCGAACGACACAAUUUGACUCAUAUUCAUUCGUUUGAUAAUGGACUUCACGUAUUUAGGAAUCCAUCUAUCAAAUCAAAAUCUUUACAAUCUUGGGAUAUUCCUGCCGAAGACUAUAAUUUUCACAAGGAUUCGUCAGUUGUUUUUAUAGAACAACAAAAGGCAAAAAAGCGUGGCAAGAGAAGCAUUACUCGCGAUAAUCAUUUACCAUAUUUUAACGAUCCUUUCUAUCGGCAACAAUGGUACCUGAACAGAGCGAAAGGACUAGAUUUAAAUACGCAAGAGGCAUGGCAGUUAGGUUACAGCGGAUAUGGCGUUGUUAUAACCAUUCUAGAUGAUGGUAUAGAAACUGAUAAUCCCGAUAUCUCCAGCAACUACGAUCCAAAAGCAAGUUAUGACAUUAAUGAUCAAGAUCCAGAUCCACAACCUCGUUAUGAUAUUAGUAAUGAAAAUAGGCAUGGGACAAGGUGUGCUGGAGAAGUUGCUGCUGUCGCAAACAAUUCAAUAUGUAUAGUAGGAGUCGCUUUUAGAUCGAAAAUUGGAGGGGUUCGUAUGCUAGAUGGGGAUGUUACCGACGAGGUUGAAGCUCGAGCCUUGAGCCUUAAUCCCGAUUACAUAGAUAUCUAUAGUGCAUCAUGGGGACCUGACGAUGAUGGGAAAACUUUAGAUGGGCCCGCCCGCAUGGCCCAACAAGCUUUCGAAAAUGGUGUAACUAAGGGUCGGCGUGGUUUGGGAUCAAUAUUUGCAUGGGCCUCGGGUAAUGGCGGACGAGACCGAGACAACUGCAACUGCGACGGAUACACGAACAGUCGCUACACACUGAGUAUCAGUUCAGCCACCGAGUCGGGUCAUGUGCCUUGGUAUUCAGAGCCUUGUUCUAGUACACUGGCCUCUACCUACUCCUCUGGCUCCGUUAUGGAACACAAGAUCGUCAGCACAGAUCUCCGACAUGGAUGCACCGAAUCUCACACAGGCACUUCAGCCUCAGCCCCUCUUGCUGCUGGUAUUCUUGCCCUAGCCCUUGAAGCCAACCCCAACCUCGGGUGGAGGGACAUGCAGCACCUGGUAGUCGUCACAUCUAACCCCGAUAAUUUGUACGUUAGUGAUUGGACUGUCAAUGGAAUAGGACGUAAAGUGAGUCAUUCCUUCGGUUACGGAAUGAUGGAUGCGGGCGCCAUGGUCAAAGCAGCCCGAGUUUGGCGCAAUGUUCCACCCGCCAACAACUGCACGAUCAUUAACACACGACAUAGUGGGCCGAUCCCUCCUAAUGGAUCCAUCAGGUUCAGCCUUGAAACCGAUGGCUGUUUGGGAAAACUAGCUUCUAACAUGAGGAAUAACAACAACUAUUACAGUUACAACGGAUACAAUUCAAAUGGUAAUUUUAAGCCUGGUGAAGAUUCGGAUUUAAGGAGCAGUGGGGAAGGUGAUAUAUAUAGUUAUGGUGGGCACGUCAAAUAUCUUGAACAUGUACAGGCGCGCAUAUCCUUAAAAGCGCCUGAACGAGGACAAAUCGAAAUAUUCUUGACUUCGCCCGCUGGGACGACAUCCAAACUCUUAUUUAAAAGACCUAAGGAUUAUUCUGGGGCUGGUAUCAAUGGGUGGCCAUUUAUGACAACUCACAGUUGGGGAGAGCUCUCAUACGGUACUUGGAUACUUGAAAUAACAAAUGGAGCUAAUCUGCCUGGUUACUUGGUCGAGUGGUCCUUAAUUUUUCAUGGAACAGAAUCUCAACCUGAAACGUUAUCGUCACUUAGCUCAUCGAGCUCUCCUUCAUAUAUCAGGGGGCUGAAACAUAAUUCCAUAUCGGACAAUCAGGCCGCUGCUGAGUCCUCAUCUUCUAGAAAUUACCUUAAAAAUAAUUUGAUUCUAAACUGUUUCAAGAUGCUAUAUCCGGGACAUUGUUUGGUUUGCGAUGAUUCAUACGCCCUGUACGAAGGUAUGUGUUUAAAAGAAUGCCCACCUAAUUUGUAUAAAUCUCUCAUAAUGACUCCUCCUAUAAUAUUUCCAUCAUCAAUUAAAAGAGCCUCUCGCAGCCAUCAUAAAAAAUCUGAUUUAUUUCUAAAUAGUAAAGACGAAAGUAUGAUAAACUAUGCUUCGGGGUGGGCCACCUUCCCUAUAACAUAUUAUACUAAAAGAGCGACUAAAAUUUAUAAAAAGGAGAUUAAAAAAGUGGUAAAGAAGUUGUUUUCUUUGAUUUGCAAGACCUGUGAUUCUUCUUGUAAACGCUGCAGAGACGGGGGCAGGGCCCAUUGCACGGAAUGUCACGACGGAUAUUACCUGGCCAAGUUUUCGAGAAAGGACGAAGAAGAGAGCAGGACGGCGAACAGUGCAGAGUGUAAGGCUUGUGACGUGAGUUGUCGGACAUGCGAUGGGAUCAGCGCGACCCGUUGCACAUCCUGCCCUCUCACGAAUCCCACGCCCCCAUUCCCCGUUCUCGUGGAUGGACAUUGCCGCACGCCACGCUCUCACGGUUAUGUCCGCUCAGAACACUCGCUUCCUUCCGGUAACCAUCCUUUUACUUCCAUCCCAGUUGUCCGUCAUACCAUCCUCGUGUCCGUUUUCGUCAUUGCUUUCGUCGCCAUUUUUGCCGCCUUUUUGCUCUUCACAAAAAAUAUCGGGACUCGAUUAACUAACAAUCUCGGACAGAACACAUCUCUAAAUCAAAAUUUCAACCUCGAGGUUUAUGGUAAAAAAAACAUCAGCGAAAACAUUUAUUUAACUAAAAUAAAUAAACUAGAGGAUCUCGAUGAAAAUUCUAUGAGCGACAAAAAUUUUCCAAUUAACUCUCAUAAAACGCUGAUAUCCAAUGGAGUUAUUUCCAAUCUUCCCGCUUAUUUGAAAAAUUUAAUAACGUUAAAACGAGCACGGCAUUCAAUAAAUAUUCAUGAUAAAAUUAGCGGUCAGCUCCUUUGUAAAAACUUAAGGGAUGAUAAAUACAAUUUUUAUAAUCAUUAUAAAUUGGUACCAUUCUUUCAAAAAAAUCCUAUAUUAGCUAAUAAUGCUUUUGAAAACGAAUUAUCAGAUGAAAGUGAUGACGGUACAAAUUGCUCAGGUUUCAAAAAUGAUAUAUGUGGAAACAAUCUCAAAACAAAUCCCAACGAGAGCAGUCAUCUUUUGGCUUUAUAAAGUUUAUUCAAUAUUUAAUAUCGAUCUCCGAAUUUAUUAUAUAUUUAAUCGAUCGUCAACUUAUAAUAUACCAUCAGACAUAAAAAGUCACACUUGUCAUUUUUAUAUAGUUACUCUCCAGUUGAAUCUCCAAGGAUUUUUUAAUAGCAGAAUGAAUCACUUUGUUGCAAAAUAUUUUCUGAAUCUAUUUUUAUGCAUACCAUUAAUAGUUACACAAAUGGUACCUUCAUGGCAAUUAUAUAUUCUUUUUACAAUAGUAAAGUUAGUAAAUGAAUGCAAUUUAUAGUAAAAACUAU